AAAAAAAGGAAAUCGCACCGUCCGGUCAAUCAACUCGGUCUAGGGUUUAACCCAAUCGUGCCCAUUUCACAACCGCUAGUUCAAAAUGUUGACGGCUCUCCGAUCUCGUACCUCCUCUCUUCUUCGAGAUCAAUCAUGGAAGCUAAGUUUAUCUGAUCCGAAUCGCAUCUUCACUUCCUCUCCCUUUUUCUCUUCAACCGCCGGGGCCUAUGAUGUCUCAGAGGUUCUCACGCUUCCCGAAGUGGAGAAGAUACUCGCCGACGUCAAAGCUGAUAACGUGACGGUGAUUCCCACUCACAAUCAUUGCUUCUGGGCCGAUAACAUGGUCGUUGCUACAGGAAGAUCUGAUUGGCACUUAAGAAACAUCGCUCAAGCAUUAGUCUAUAGGACCAAGCAAAAGCAGAAAGGAGCCAAGCAUAUAAUGCUGCCUUCUGUGCAAGGGUACAAUAGCAAGUGGAUUGUCAUAGACUACGGGAAGUUUGUAGUACAUGCACUUGAUGAGAAAGCCAGGGGUUAUUUCAAUUUAGAAAGCCUUUGGACUGCUGAAACAUCUGCUACUGAUUCUUCUGAUCAUCAGGAUCUCCAAAACGCUUUUGUAAAGGUCCGACCAAAGAACAAUUCGAAAAGAAAACCGGCUAAAGUGAGUUUGUGAUCCUGUCCGAUGGACGACAUACAAUAUAUCAUAAACUAACUUCUCGAGUCUAUCGGGUGUGAAAUCCUAAACGGGUCAAGAAUACGAUUUUAAACCUAUUAUGAAUUUUUUUACUGUUUUUUUUUAGUCAUCUAUCUAUUUUUUUUCCUUUUAUAAUAUGGAAAAAAGGAACAAUUUGUCUCUCCUAAGUCCUAAUCAAAAAAGGAAAACGAAUUGAGCUCUC